AUGCCGUACGAAAUUGGAUUGAGCACACCUGAUGUGCCCAAUCGAGGGUUUCCGCUAUGGAUCUGCAGUGUUGUGAUGGUAAUCAUAGCUGGUCUGUUCGUUCUGUCCAGACUGGCUAUUCGAUUCCAUCACAGCCAUUUAGGAUCGGAUGAUUGGAUGAUUUUGGCAUCGCUGGUGGGUUGUCCUCGAAGGAUCGGAGGCUUGGAUCAAACAUUGACAUAUGGUAGAUAUGCUCAAUUGUUCUCACAAACUCUUAUUUACUCGAAACUAGCGGUACACUAUGGAUAUGGAAAACACUCCAAAGAUCUCACGCAACAUGAUCGAGUGACUGCGCUCAGGUGGUUCUUUGGCGCCCAGCUCGUAUACAAGAUCGUCAUUGCUGUCAACAAACUCUCCUUCAUGUGCCUAUACCUUCGGAUAUUUCCCCAGCGCGCCUUCCGGUUGAUUUGCUAUUGUGGGCUGGGGAUAAUCACUGUUUGGGGCACGGCAUAUGUCUUUCUCACCAUCUUCCAAUGCAAACCCAUCGCCUCGUUCUGGGAUAUCACUAUCAAGAACCCGAAAUGUUUGAACAAAGAGGGGUUGUGGAUGUCUUACUCGGUCAUCAACAUCAUAUUCGACCUGCUCAUUCUCGCCCUGCCUAUAUACCCCCUGAGUCGGCUUCGGCUACAAAGGGCAAAGAAGAUUGGUCUCCUUGUAGUGUUUGGAAUGGGAGCAUUUGUUUGUGUCACAACGAUCAUCCGAAUCACCACCCUUGCCCAAUCCGCCAGUGACACUGAUCCGACUAGCGGUCCUAUUCCAGCCACCAUCUGGAGUGUGGUUGAAGCAAACACUGGUAUUAUCUGCACCUGUCUACCAGUCUUCAGACAUCCGCUUCAAUUCUUCUUCCCGCAUCUCUUCAACUCCUCUCAGCAAACCACCAAUCCGUAUAGUCAACGUGUGGCACGUCAUACGACGCAUGCGAGUGGGUCCGAAAGGAAUCUCACCCACGAUGAUUUAUGGCAAGACGAUGGUCUAGAGAUGGCGAGCCCGGAGAUU